GUCGUGACGCCAUUCUUCUGCGACGGCGCGGUGGCCUCACUCCCGCGUGAAACGCCAGAGCGGCGACUUGUUGUCUGCGUCCUCUGUCCUGGGAGCUAAGGGGAAAGUAGCGAGAUGACGGACCGCUACACCAUCCACAGCCAGCUGGAGCACCUGCAGUCCAAGUACAUCGGCACGGGCCACGCCGACACCACCAAGUGGGAGUGGCUGGUGAACCAACACCGCGACUCGUACUGCUCCUACAUGGGCCACUUCGACCUUCUCAACUACUUCGCCAUUGCGGAGAAUGAGAGCAAAGCGCGAGUCCGCUUCAACUUGAUGGAGAAGAUGCUUCAGCCUUGUGGACCGCCAGCCGACAAGCCCGAGGAGAACUGAGACUCUGCUUUACCACCACUGUGCGGGGCACCUCUCCCAGUGUUCCUCAGGUUUGCCAAUCCCUUCCACUCUUUCUGCCUCCAAAGGACCGGCUCUCCAUGGCUCCUGCGUCUCGUGCUUUCCGCGUACAGAAGUGCUUGCCCGGGGAGUCCCGGCUGACCUGCCUUCAUGUGAACCCUUUGGAAUAGCACUGGGAGACCAGCAGAACCCCUGAGAACUGUGCUGGUGAAGAGGGCCUAGAGCCGGCAAGCGUUUGAGAAGAGGGCGUGGCGCUGGAAUGAGAUGGGAUUUGGCGUAUCAUUUUGGGCUAAUUGAUUGUCAUUGGCUUUUUCCAUAAAGUUUAGAAAUCGUUCAGU